AUGAAGCGUCGUACACUGCGAGCCAGAGCCGAGAACCUGCAGCAACGCAGCAAGUUACAGCGUAGCGUGGACCAAGCCAUGCUGCUGGAGAGCAUGCUGCAGCUCUAUCAAGGUCAGAAGCGGAGAGUGGAGGCCUCGUUGCUCCCAACUUUAGGAGCUGUGGGGCGUAAUCUACCCUACGAUGGACUAAAAGACGCAGAGAUUCUACAAACGUUGAGUAGAAGCGUCGACGAGAACUACACCAAGUUGGAGCAGGUGUUCCAGGCUGCGGGUUUAGAGAAAGUUAGAACGGAGAUGAACGACGCGAAGGUGCUGGAGACCGAGGGUGGGGGCGUACUCCAGAUCAGGGCGGUUGCGCUGCAGCCUUUUGGGCUGAAGGCGGGUUUGAAGCUAGGAAAAGCAAGUCGCGUAAUUGCUUUGAAGCGUGAGAUUGUGUUGCGGGGAUGUGAUGAUGCGACGCUGCAGUCGUGCACGAUUCGAGUUGUGCUGAAGAAGUUCGUGGAGUCCGGGCGAGAGAUUCACGUUUGGGACGCGUUUGGUGACUGGUCACAGGCGGUGUCCACGCGGGAGUAUGGGUGGGGUAUCAUGGCACCGCUAGAUGUGACGAUGAACGGUGUGGAUAUUACGUCGGUAAAGAAUUGUGUCUUCAUGACAUCUUCGAAGUUAUCGGAAGGAAAGUUGAAUGGUGAUUUGGCGGCUGAACACUCGGUGGCUAAUUUGUACAAGCAGAUCAUGCAGGACCGACGGCGAGUGAUCGAGACCGCCUUGCUCGACCAAGCCCUACGAAAGCGUAUUUACUAG